AUGCUUAGAAGUGCUAGAAUAUUGGUGACAUCGGAGAAUUUGAUUGGUGGAAAUGGACAGACGAGAAAUUUGGGCCGAAGACAGCCCAAACAGGGAAAACCACCGAUUUUGCCGCCGGCUAAGAAGGUAGGGAUUUUUUUCCAGAAAAUUGAAUUUUGAGGGGGAAAUUUGCUGAAAAUCCCAAGUUUUAGCUCAAAAAUUCAAAUUUCAUGAAAAAUGGUUUUGAAAACAUGAAAAUUCUGACUUUUUAAUUAAAGCUCUGAAAUUAGAAAAAUCAGGAAAUUUCGAGCCUAGAGCCUGGAAAUUGUAUGAAAAUUGAAAAUGUUAUGCUGGAAAUUGGGAAAAUUAGCUAGAAUUUUUGAUUUUCUGAUAAAAAUGAGAGUUUUUGAGCCUAGAAUUCAAAAAUUCGAUGAAUUCUGAAUUUUUGAGCGAAAAAUCAUUGAAAUUAAGGAUUUCAAACUCAGAAAUUCAAAUUUCAUGAAAUUUUUGAAUUCCUGGCUUAAAAACUCCCAAAAAUUUGACAUUUUAAGCCAGGAGCUCUGAAAUUUCAUUAAAAUUAGCGUUUUGAGCUGCAAAUUGAUGAAAUUAGCUAGAAUUUUUGAUUUUCUGAUAAAAGUGGGAAUUUUUUAGCCUAGAAUUCAGAAAUUCGAUGAAUUCUGGAUUUUUGCGCUAGAAUUCAUUGAAGUCAGGGAUUUCAAAAAUUCAAAUUUCAUGAAAUUUCUGAGCUCCUGGCUCAAAAGUUUCCAGGAAAAUUGAUUUUUUGACCCUGAAGCUCUGAAAUUUUCCAGAAAAUUUGAAUUUUGAGCUGGAAAUUGGGAAAAUUAGCUAGAAUUUUUGAGUUUCUGAUAAAAAUGAGAGUUUUUGAGCCUAGAAUUCAGAAAUUCUAUGAAUUCUAGAUUUUAAAACUAGAAAUCAUUGAAAUUAGGGAUUUUGAACUCAUAAAUUCAAAUUUCCAUAUUUUCAAGGUUCUCUACCACGUUGUACACGCUCCUUGGCAAAAACCGGAAGAUGUUGAAGAAUUAUUGUGGAGAAGACAUGUUUAUAACAAUGCUGUUACUUCGAUGAGAGAUGUGAGUGGUUUUUCCGACCUGAAAUUAAUUUUUGGAGCAUUUUGAACCUGAAAAUUGGAAAACUAGUGAAAUUCGGAGCAUUUUGACUAAUUUCGGGCUCAAAAUGCUCCAAAUUUAUGAUUUUUGAGCUCAAAAAUCACUCAAAAAUUCAAAAAUCAACAAAAAUUUCAGGUUUUCAAAUCAGAACUCGAACAAAAAGCAUCAGUUGGUCUCGGAAUCGAUGCAAUGAAAGAAGCUGAAGCCAAAGAACUCGAUGAACUUAUCGCUGAAAAUGAGCGAAAAAAUCAGGAAAAAGCGGCGGCUCGAAUGGCUCGGGAAAAUCAGGACACAAAAGCCACGAAAUCGGCUAUUUUGGAGGAAAUUCGCAGCGAAUUGGAGAAGAAAAAUGAGAUGAAGAAAUUGGCAGAGAAAGAGGUGGGUUGGUUGGGUUUUCCGGCUUCUGGACCAGGUUUUGGACCUAAAUUUUAUGAAUUUUCAUGAUUUUCCGGUCCUGAACCUCGAAAUCCAGGUUUUUCACCUGAUUUUUAUGAAAUUUAAUCAUUUUCCGGUCCUAAACCUCAAAAUCCAGGUUUUUGACCUAAAUUUCAUGAAUUUUCAUGAUUUUCUGAUCCUGGACCUCAAAAUCCAGAAUUUUCACCUAAUUUUUAUGAAUUUUCAUCAAUUUCCGGUCCUGAACCUCAAAUACAAGCUUUUGGACAUCAAAUCGAGCCCCAGGACCGAAAUUUUCUAAAAAUUCUGGAUUUUCCGGUCCUGAACCUCAAAAUCCAGGUUUUGGACCGAAAAUCAAGAGCCUGGAUCCGAUUUUUCUGAAAUUUCACAAUUUUCUGGUCCUGGGACGAAUUUUCUACGGAAAACAUCAUUUCUAGGUUCAAAAAUCGAUCCAGGACCCAAUUUUUAUGAAUUUUCAUGAUUUUCUGGUCCUAGACCCAAAUUUCACGAUUUUUAACCUUAAAAUUACCCUAACACCCUAAAAGUACCCUAAAUUCCUUCAGGUGCUCGCAGCAAUUUCCCGAAGUCAACAUUUUGUGACCAAAGACAAUUUGGAGGUGAAAAUUCUGGAAGCACUCGAAAAACCGACAAUUUAUGAUUUUGCAAUCGAUCGACAGGGAAAUAAGGUAAUUGAAAAUCUGAAAUUCAAACUUUUUUUUUGAAAAUUCACUUGUUUUUUACAGUAUUUCGUGCCGGAACCAGUUAAAUAUCAAGAAGGAACACCAACAUUACAAAAAGGCCGAUUGUAUGAUCAAACAUUGACAGUAAAUUCGUCGAAAAUUGUGGAAAAAUCGGUGGAGCAGCAGUCGAAUUGAGGUGAGCAUCCACAAAAUUCCAAAGAUUCCCAGCCAAAAAGAGAAAUCUGGAAAAUUUGCUCUAGAAAUGCUCUAAAAAAUUUUUAAUUUUCCACUGUUUCAGAGAAGUUUAAAGUUUUUCGGUCGGUUUUCAGUUGCAUUUUUGAGUGUAUUUUCUACAAAAUUCAGAUUUUCAGCCAAAACUUCUCAAAAUCUGAGCGUUUAAGGGAAAUCUUGAUAAUUUGCUCUGAAAUUCUCUUUCUCGAAAAUUUUUUCACUGUUUCAAACUAGUUUGAAAUGAUUUUGUUGAUUUUCAGUUUCUAGUUAGAAUCAUAUCCAUGUUUCUUGAAUAUUCAUGAACUUGUAAAAAUUGAGAACCCAUAAAAGUGUCAUAUUUCUCUAGAAAAUUUGAAAAUUUCAGAGGAAUCUCAAAAAUUUGCUCUAAAAAUUCUCUAGAAAAAUUGAAUUUUUUUUCACUAUUUCAAAGAAUUUUAAAAUUUUUGGUUGGUUUUUGGUUGGUAAACAAUGUUUUGAUGUGAGUACAUUCUCAACAAAAUUCUGAAUUUUGAAAACACACCUCGGCCAAAAUCGUGGUUUCCACAAUAAGAAAUUGUACGCUAACUUUUUACAGUACAAAAAUUGUGAAUUUUUCAGUUUUUGACCUCUAAAACUUGUGGUUUUUCAAUUUUUGUCCUCUAUAAACUGAAAUUCUGAUUUUUCCAAAAAUUGUACUCUGGCCAGCCACGGCUUGGCCGAGGUGUGUUUGAAAAUCCACAAAAUUCCAAAGAUUCCCAUCCAAAAAUUCUAGAAAAUCUGAAAAUUUUGGAAAAAAUCUGAAUAAUUUGCUCUAAAAAUUCUCUAGAAAAAUUGAAUUUUUUACUGUUUCAAAGAAUUUAUAAAUUUAUUUUUGAAUUUUAUGUUAUGGGGUGAGUCAUAAAAAUAAAUAGACAAAAAAAGUGCGAUUAAUUUCACGUUUUUUGUCAAUUAAUUGCAUUUUUUCAGAAAUGAAUGCGAUUAAUUGACAAAAAACGUGAAAUUAAUCGCACUUUUGUCAAUUUUUAUGACUCACCCCAUUAGUUUUUGUUAAUCAAUUAUGUUGGAUUAUAAAAAUUGCAAAUUUCAGAAUUCAAAAAUUUCCUUUUAUUAUGUAAAAAAAAAUUAUGUAAAAACCUGAGAAUUUCAGAGAAAUUUUGCUCUAGAAAAUCUCCUGAAUAAUUAAAUUCAAUUUUUCUCAAAAAAGUUUUUCACUGUUUCAAAAUAGUUCGAAAUGAUUUUGUUGAUUUUCAGUUUCUAGUUACCAUUAGUUAUAUGCUUCUUCAAUAUUCCUGAAUUUGUGAAAAUUGAGAACCCAGAAAAUGAAGUUCUGAAAAAAAUCAUUUUUGAGUGUAUUUUCAGCCAAAACUUCUCAAAAUCUGAAAGUUUAAGAGAAAUCUGGAUAAUUUGCUCUGAAAUUCUCUUUCUCGAAAAUUUUUUUUCACUGUUUCAAACUAGUUUGAAAUGAUUUUGUUGAUUUUCAGUUUCUAGUUAGAAUCAUAUCCAUGUUUCUUGAAUAUUCAUGAACUUGUAAAAAUUGAGAACCCAUAGAAGUGUCAUAUUUCUAGCCUCAAACUCUAGAAAAUUUGAAAAUUUCAGAGGAAAUCUGGAAAAUUUGCCAAACCUCACCCAAAACCUGGAAUUCCAGGUGGGCAAAAAUUUUUUAGGGUCUUUAAAGGGUUGGUGCUUUCCUGGUGAAAAAAUCGUCUGCAAAACACACCUCGGCCAAGCCGUGGCUGGCCAGAGUACAAUUUUUGGAAAAAUCUGAAUUUCAGUUUUUAGAGGUCAAAAAUUGAAAAAUCACAAUAUUUAGAGAACAAAAACUGAAAAAUUCACAAUUUUUGUACUGUAAAAAGUUAGCGUACAAUUUUUCAUUUGGAAAACCACGAUUUUGGCCGAGGUGUGCUGCAAAAAGGCGUCACCGUGUUAUUUUCAAAGUUGUGUGCAAACACACACAUGAAAAUUCAAAAACAAGUUGUGCGCUAGAGCGCAUUUACAUGCUUUAUUUCGUAGGUUUUAACUCGCUUCUGUUUUUGAGGAAAAACAUGGGCUGAAUUGAUACUAGAAUUUUUUCUAAAACUGGAACCUUCCAGGAGCACCUUAUUCCUAUCUAAACCAAACAAAAUUCCCUGGCGGAGCACCAACCCUUUAAGGCUAGCCUCAGCUGAGCAAAAUUUUUUUUACUAGGUGGGCAAAUUUGGUAAAUAAACCCAGGUGGGCAAUUUUUUUACCCACUUCUCCAGGUUCUUGGGUGAGGUUUGAAAAUUUGCUCUAGAAAUGCUCUAGAAAAUUUAAUUUUGUUCACUGUUUCAAAGAAUUUCUAAAUUUAUUUUUGAAUUUUAUGUUAGUUUUUGUUAAUCAAUAUUGUUCGAUUAUAAAAGAAAUUAAUGCGAUUAAUUGACAAAAAACGUGAAAUUAAUCGCACUUUUUUGUCAAUUUAUUUUUAUGAAUCACCCCAUAAAAACCUGGAAAUUUCAGAGAAAUCUGGAAAUUUUUCUUUACAAAUGGUCUAUUAAUUUUUUUUUCAAUUUUUCACUGUUUCAAAUUAUUUUCAAGUUUGCAGCUGUUUUUUAGUAGCCAAUUAAAAAAAUCUGAUCUGAAUUUUCGCUGAAAAUUUUGGAGAAGUCUGAAAAAUUAGGUCUCAAACUUCUACAGAAAAAUUGAAUUUUUUUACUGUUUCAAAAAAUUUUAAAAUUUUUGGUUGGUUUUUAGUAAACAAUGAAUUGUUGGGUAAAAGGUCAACAAAAUUCUGAAUUUUGAAAUUCCAAAGAUUUUCUAGAAAUUCUGAAAAAUUCUAGAAAUUCUGAUAAUUUCAGAGAAAUCUGGAAAAUUAGAUCUGAAAAUUGUACAGAAAAUGUCACUGUUUCAAAGAAUUUUCGAGUUUAUUUUUGAUUUUCAGUUUCCAGUGAAGCUUGUCAGUUUCUUAGAAUAUUCCUGAACUUGUAAAAAUUGAGAACGCAAAAAAUAAAGUUCUGGAAAAAAGCGAAAAAUUUCAGCGAAAUCUAGAAAAAUUUUUUUUUCACUGUUUCAAAAUAUUUUCAAGUUUGCAGCUGUUUUUUUUAGUUGUCAAUACAUUCGUGUUCCAAAUAAAUAAACAAUUCUGUAAUUCAUAAACUCAAAAAAUUCUAGAUUUUCAGUCAGAAACUCUAGAAAAUCUGAAAUUUUCAGAGGAAAUCUGGAAAAUUUGCUCUAGAAAUGUUCUAGAAAAUUUGAAUUUUCUCACAGUUUCAAAGAAUUUUCAGAAUUUUUCUUUAUAAUUCAGUUUUAAUCCUCUGGAAAAUUGGAUCUGAAAAUCAAGAAAAUUCAAUUUUCCUCAAAAAUUUGUCAAAAUUCUUGUUUUCAAUUAGAAAAUCUCAAAUCCCAUUGAUUUUUCGAUGAAAAAAUUACCUUAACUCCUAGAUCAAAAUAUUGUUGAUCUCCCAUAAUAUUCCCCAAUUUUCCAGGUUCCAAUCUCUCACUACAAUGUAGUCAUUUGA